UGCACUCAUAGGGAGAGAAAUUAAGGGUAGAAAUAGAAUAUUUGUUCAACUUCAAUUACUCUAUUGAAAUUCUCUCUUCAUCAUGACAGGGAAGAGAAACCAAACCAGUCCUGUAGGAAGUCCCACAUCUGGUAACAUCUCAGACAGUUCUUCAAAAGAACAAGACAGGUUCCUCCCAAUAGCCAACGUUAGCAGAAUCAUGAAAAGGGCACUUCCAGCCAAUGCCAAAAUCUCAAAAGAAGCUAAGGAAACAGUCCAAGAAUGUGUGUCUGAGUUCAUAAGCUUCAUCACUGGUGAAGCCUCAGACAAGUGUCAGAGAGAAAAAAGGAAGACAAUUAACGGUGAUGAUCUUCUUUGGGCCAUGACAACACUUGGUUUUGAAAACUAUGUUGGACCCUUGAAGGUUUAUCUCAACAACUACAGAGAAACUGAGGGAGAAAAGAGUUCUAUGGCUAAACAAGAAGAUCAUCACUCUCCAACAGAUCAACCCAAUGAUGGGGUAGCUGAAAUCAACAAGUUGGCUCAUUCUGUCUCAACCAAAGGAGAUUUCAACACUUUCAAUGGUGGAUUCUACUCUGUUGGGCCCCAAGUAACUACUUCAAAGAGUUUCACUGAGAUUGGAGGAAUCACUGGUUAUAGAGAGAGUUCCAUGAACAGGGUCAUUGCUCAAAGUGCGGUCAAUGGUGAUCAAGAUGCAAGUGGUAAUAGAAUGAUGCCACCCCACCUACGUUAUAGGGUUGAAUGGUAG